AGGAGCCAUUCAGUUCGAGCAUGCCAUGAAGAGCCUGGGACAAGAUGACCCCGAGAUAGCGAGACUCCACACUCAAGUCCGAUCGUACUUCCUGCCGGCCGUCGUCAUUCCUCCUUCAGGUCACCCUUGAGCGGGUGGCAGUGCAAUAGGAUUAGUUGAAAUGCAGUUGAGGAUUUGCGGUUUUGUGACUGUCAAAGCCGGUUGACAAAAGACUCCAAAGUGUACUUCUUUACGGAAUGAUAUCAUCAGAUUCACUCGAGGAGUGGAUGUAUGUAAAUGCGAAUCUUUGUACUAGUUUCCUUGAAAGCAUGCAUAGUGAAGAUUCCUUUAAAGGAUUUGUUGUAUUUUGCCGUUGCGGCCUUUUUACACCUUAUUUAUUAUUCCUCUUUUAUCAGUCUAGUUUGACUGUUAUAUUUUAUGUUUGAAUAUACCCUACUAAAGGGGAUGGAAAUAUCGCGCAAAGUGUAAUCAGUGUCCUGUUCAAAGUGAUGUAAUAAACAAAAUUAUACAAAACCACACCAUAUUAAAUCCACAAAAGCACACACGCACACACGCACACACACACGCACACACACACACACACACACAAAACAACCGCACACACACACAACACACAC